AUGGCUAAAGGGAAUAAGAAAAGAAAAAACAAAGGUAAGCGGGCAGAAGAAGAUGAAGAGGCCUUGCCAAAAAAGGACAAGAAAGAAAAGAAGUUGAGUGAGAAGAGGGAGCACAGGCGAGAAGAGAAGCGCCUGAAGAAGGAAGAAAAGAGGAAGAGGGCGGAAAGCCCGGAUGUUGAUGGAGAAUCCACCACCGCAAGGGUGGAAGAGGAGGUGUCAACGCAAGAAAAAGAAUCAGCGCAACCUCAAGAGGCAUCAACGCAUAUCAGGACAGUUGCGACUGAAGACCGAAAGGAUUCGGACAUUACCCCUCCAAAGCGACGUCACAAGAAGAAUGUGCCGCAAGGGUCAACAAACGACCCAUAA